AAAGGUUUCAGUUGGUCAUUACAUGAUCUUGCGAAAAGAUGUCAUUAACGGCUGCGGCACAAUGUUCGAAUCCCAGUCUGGGUAUGGUCAAUACCUUGGUAUCACUGCUGGUGGAGGGGAUCCUGGCGGCCCAGUGUAAUAUUUCGCCCAAGGAAUCCUGGCCGGAGGAUUAUGCAGAGCAGGCCUUGAGCAAAGGCUUGGAGGAAUAUGAUUUUGUGAUAAUUGGGGCCGGGACGGCUGGUUCUGUGGUGGCCAGUCGUUUGAGUGAGAAUCCUGAGUUCAAGGUUUUGGUUUUGGAGGCCGGUGGGGAUCCACCACCCGAGUCGGAGAUCCCUGCAGCCUUUUUCGGGGUGCAAUUUUCCAACUCCAGUUUUGCCUAUUACCCGGAGCCGAAUGGCCGUUCCUGUAGGGCCUUUAAAAAUGAACGUUGCCACUGGCCACGGGGCAAGGUUUUGGGAGGUAGUGGGGCCAUCAAUGCCAUGCUCUAUGUGAGAGGCAAUCGUGCGGAAUAUGACAAAUGGUGUGAGUCGGGCAGUGAGGGUUGGUGUUAUGAGGAUGUUUGGCCCUAUUUUGUGAAAAUGACCACGCCCCAGGGCAACGACACCCAUCCCAAGGGCUAUGUGAGCCUCAACGAAUUUGGAGAUUUUGAUCAACAUGUGGUGGAUUUAUUGACACAAGCCGGUGCGGAAUUGGGAGUACCCAAGGUGGAAGAUUUUGUGGAAGGUAGCUAUGUGGGCUAUGCCCAUAUUAAGGGCACGGUGAGCGAGGGACGUCGUGGCAGCACGGGCAAAGGUUAUUUGGCCAAGGUGGCCAAGUUUCGGCCAAAUUUGCAUAUCAUCAAAAAUGCCUGGGUUAGCAAAAUCGAUUUCAAUUCCCAGGGAGAUAAAGUGGAGAGCAUUGAAUUUAGGCUGCAAGAUAGCCACAACAUGAGGGUGAGGGUCGGCAAGGAGGCCAUACUCUCGGCGGGGGCCAUAGAUUCGCCAAAACUUUUGAUGUUGUCGGGGGUGGGUCCCAGAGAAGUUUUGGAGCCCUUAAAUAUACCCCUGAUUCACAAUCUACCCGUGGGCGAAAAUCUGCAGGAUCAUGUCUUGGCCUUGACAUUUUUAAGGAUACCAGCCGAGCCUCCCAAACCCACCCAGCUACUGGAUGACAUCUAUCAAUAUAUCAUACAUCAAAAGGGACCGCUUAGCUCCAUUGGCAGUACCCCCCUUAUUGGAUUCAUACAAAGCGAUGCCAGUAAGUCUCCCCUCUAUCCCGACAUUGAAAUGCACCACCUGUCCUUUAAUCGUGGAAAUAUCCUGCGCAUGGAGCUGCUCCUAAAUGGCUUCUCCACCAAGCCGGAAUAUAAGCAGUUUAUUUUAAAGGAAAUUGAAAGCCAUGAUCUGGUGGCGGUGUUUGUUUUGGUGGCCCAUCCCAAGUCGAGGGGUAGUGUGAAAUUAAAAUCCCCCUCCCCCUGGGAUUAUCCCACAAUAGAUUCUGGCUAUUUUGCAGAUCCCGAGGAUAUGGAGGUACUCCUAAGGGGUCUGGACUAUGUCAAUAAAUUGGAACAGACCCAGGCCUUUAGGGAACGGCAAGCAGAAAUUCUACACAUACCCCUGGAGGAGUGCGACAAGUUUGAAUUCAAAUCUCCCCAAUAUUGGCGUUGUUAUGCCAGCUACUUUACCUCCACCUGUUACCAUCAAGUGGGCACGGUAAAAAUGGGUUCCGCCGGAGAUCCCACAACCUGUGUGGAUCCUCAACUCAAGGUGAAGGGUGUCAAAAAUCUCCGUGUUGUUGAUGCCUCCAUUAUGCCCUUUGUGUCGAGCGGGAACACCAAUGCCCCCACCAUCAUGAUUGCCGAAAAAGCAUCGGAUCUUAUCAGCCAACAGUGGCAGGCCGAGGGGAAAUCGGCUACCCUGGAGAAAGGUUAUAAAAGUGAAUUGUAAAUGGGAAAUUAAGUAUGGCUCGUGUUUGUAAAUAUUUCUAUUUUUAAAAUAAGACUUUGUUGUUGUUUGUUGUUA